AUGAGCGACGAGGGCCGUUACUUCCAGCACCUCGCGACGCAGGCGACUGGGGAGAGCGAGCUGUCACUUCUGACGAGGUCCUACGAAGGCAUGUUGGGCUCGAUCCGGAAAGGCCUCUUUCUACCUGAUGCCACGAGGUCGGGCUUGUUUCGAGCAGAGGCUAAGGAUUCAGCAACCGCUGAGCCAGGGAAGGCCGCAGCCUCGAGCCAAGACCAUUGGAGUUUGGUUCGGCCCAGCACGUCAAGCCCCUUGACUGAUGGGGAUUCAGGGCCCGCGAGGGCCGAUGCUCUCCCUACUGAGGAGUCCGACUCGGAGGGCAAGUAUUACCAAGCAGCUGCCCUGACACCUGAGGCGGCUGCCGAGGAAUUUUUAUCGUCUCUGCCCGGGGAUUUUGAGGAGGCGCUUAAUGACUUUACAGGUGUCCCGAGUGAGGUGGGUCCGGACACGUCUUCAUCGUCUUCCAGUGAAUCGAGCACGUCAGGAAGUGAGGACGGGCCUGAUUGGAGCGAUGCUUUCCAGGGCAGCUUGGGAGCUGUUGUUCAGAAGGCCCCAAUUGAGGGACCUGAUUUUGAUUUCUGGCGGCACGACCGGACUUUAACUAUUCAUUCCGUUGCUGCCGGGUCUACAGGUGAGACGUUCACUUGUGGGCGCAAGAAGACGGCUGAUUAUUCCAAGGUCGCGCAAAGUGCUUUCUUGGAAACUCGGCUGUGCUCCAACUGUCGCAAGAGCAAGCCAGUUAGAGACGUGGGCGCUUUGAACGCAAUUUUGAGCAAGUCCGGCAGACCCUGCGAUGACGGUUGCGAGGUGCAACACGCGGCGCAGCUCAAUCGGGCAGCCGCAAGAGCAUUCCACGAGGUGCGGAACCGGGAGGAGCUGUGCGAUCACAAAGGGAAUGUUUCCUUGCAAUAUGUGUUGCUCGGGGAAGCAUGUUCAGCAUCGGUGUCGCUGCUGGCUGAUGUUCAAAUGCUGAAGUUAGAGUUGUGCGUGAAUGUUUCGAGCUUGGUGCAGUUAGCCUUCACGGAGUCGAAGGCUGCCUUUACUAAGCGAGCGCUGGAGGUUGGCCUGUCCCAGGACGAGGUCGAUCACCUGAUCGGCCAGCAUGUGGAUACUCUGUCAAAGUUGGCUUUCGUCUUAGUUCCCCCAGGACGUGUGCCGGAGGAGGAUGCUGUUGUUGCCCUCUUGCCUGCAGGUGCUACUCAAGGGGCCGUUGCAGGCCUCAAACGUCUGCUCUUCGAAGCACACACUUUGGUAGUGUCAGCUUUGAAGCAGCGAGUCGAAAAGACGGACGAUGUUGUCCCAGCCUCUCUUGACAGUGCUGAGAGGGAUGAUCGACUUGCUAGCCAAAAGGCGCGGCUUGGGGGCCUCACCUUUCAGGGUGAGGAAGAAGUGGCUCAUGGAGCUUACGAUCUUGUCUUUGCCAUGGCACAAAAGAAUGAGCUUGUGUGGCUCGCGCCUGAGAAGUUUGGUACUCGAAGGGCCGAAAUUGGGGCUAAGAAGGCGGGCAAAGAGCUAGUGAUUGACGGCAGCGGAGUUGCCAUCAAAGACAAGCCGUCAGUACACAAUUGCAUCAUUCAUUCUGAGCUUGAUUUGGUGUCUGCUCUUCGCCGUAGGGCCCUGGCUUUCGACUUAGUGGGGAUCCUUAGCUACGACGUGGCGAACCGUUACCAUCAAGCCUUGAUUCAGCGCUUGCAAGAAGCCCCUCCGCCGGGGUAUUCCAAGGUGUCUGUCCACGGCUCAGGUGUGUUGCCUCUGGAUGCGCAGCUGCCAACCAUUUUGCUUGAUCCGAGUGUUACUUAUCACCUUCUCCCCUUGCCAGCAGGUUCGUCUUCUUCUGGGCAGGUCAAGGAUGAUGACAAGCCAGACCGGCCUCCGAAGCGUCCUCAUGACCCGCCUCGGCGCCCUCCCAAGAAAGGUGCCAAGCGUACCAACUUCUCUGUGCCUAAAGAGUUGAUUGGCAAAGCCCACCAAACACCGAAAGGGCACCGCUUGUGUUGGGGGUUUAAUUUGCCGUGUGGGUGCAAAGACGCGAAACCUGGUGGCAAAUGCGCGAAAGGGUUACAUUUGUGUGCGGAACCAGGAUGCUUGAAACCGCAUAGUUUGCAGCAACAUGUUCGCGACGGUGGCGCUUGA